CUCCUUUACAGCCAAAGAAGGAGACAUCGAAACCAUAAACGGACUACGAAAUUUCUCCACACAGUUCCGUGCCGAAUCGAAGAAGCUAUGGUCCCUCGCCGGACCGGCAAUCUUCACAUCCUUAUGCCAGUACUCUCUAGGUGCCAUUACACAAGUAUUUGCCGGUCAAUUGCCUGGUACUCUCGACCUUGCCGCCGUUUCCGUCGAAAACAAUGUCAUCGCUGGUUUCUCCUUCGGUGUCAUGUUAGGGAUGGGGAGUGCACUAGAGACGCUAUGCGGACAAGCAUUCGGAGCUGGACAGCUAGACAUGUUAGGGAUCUAUAUGCAACGAUCUUGGGUGAUCUUGAAUUCAACGGCUAUCCUUCUAAGUUUUCUUUACAUAUUCGCGGAGCAAUUUAUGAAGGUGAUGGGGCAACCAGAUGAUAUCUCGAAGGCGGCCGGGGUUUUUGCUAUUUGGAUGAUUCCGCAGCUCUUCGCUUACGCCAUGAACUUCCCAAUCGCUAAGUUCCUGCAAUCGCAAAGCAAAAUGAUGGUGAUGGCAUUGAUAUCGGUGGUGGCUCUGGUUCUCCAUACCUUCUUUAGUUGGCUACUGAUGUUGAAGCUUGGUUGGGGAUUGGUUGGAGCAGCUUUCGUGCUUAACGCCUCUUGGUGGUUCAUAGUGGUGGCUCAGCUGAUUUAUAUCUUCAGUGGGACAUGUGGUCGAGCUUGGUCUGGUUUUUCAUGGAAGGCCUUCCAGAAUCUCUGGGGAUUCGUCAGGCUAUCGGUGGCAUCCGCUAUCAUGCUCUGUCUAGAGGUGUGGUACUAUAUGGCUUUGAUCCUCUUUGCCGGAUAUCUCAUGAACCCAGAAGUUUCUGUGGAUGCCCUAUGCAUAUGUAUGAACAUUUUGGGUUGGGGAGGCAUGAUGGCUAUUGGAUUCAAUGCAGCCAUAAGUGUUAGGGUUUCCAAUGAAUUGGGAGCAGGGCAUCCAAGAACAGCUAAGUUUUCAGUUGCAGUUGUGGUUGUUACUUCAUUCCUCCUAGGCCUUGUCCUCUCACUCAUUCUUAUCAUCACCAGAAAGCAGUACCCAAUUGCAUUUUCAAGCAAUAUGGAUGUGAGACAGCUUGUAUCUGAGCUAACCCCAUGGCUGGCAGCAUCCAUUGUUAUCAACAAUGUUCAACCUGUUCUCUCUGGGGUGGCAAUUGGGGCAGGGUGGCAAGCUCUUGUUGCUUAUGUGAACAUUGGGUGCUAUUAUAUAUUUGGGAUUCCAUUGGGCCUCAUAUUGAGCUAUAAGAUCAACAUGGGUGUCAUAGGAAUUUGGGGUGGAAUGCUCGCUGGAACCAUUCUACAGACAGGCGUGCUCUUCUGGUUGAUUUACAAAACCAAUUGGAAUAAAGAGGCAUCAAUUGCUGAGGAUAGAAUACGACAGUGGGGAGGAGACACCGAUGAGAAAUCCAAGGACAUGGAGAAGUAAACUCG